AUGGUUCGGCCCUCUGCCUCCCCCGCCUCCAAGGCCGUCGCCCUCGCCUUCGCACAAGCGGUCUCCCGAGCCGUCCCUGCCUCCUUCAGCCACCUCUUCAUCCCCCGCAAGGGCCGCCUCUCCCUCUACGACGCCCUCUGUGACUGCAUCCCGGCCGCCGCCCGUAGCGCGGAGCAGACGUUCGGGGGGUACGGGGUGAGGGAGGUGGAGUUCAACAAGGUCCUCGAGCACAACGGCUUCACCAAGAUCCGCGACCGCUGCAUCCUCCCCGACGAGGUGGAGGCGACGGACUUCUCGAGGAGCAGCAGCGCGCGCUACUUCUUCUCCAACCGCCGCUGGAGGAACCCCGACGACCCCCACGAGCUCCAGGAGCUCCGGCAGGCCUGGCUCAAGCUCCGCCAGCUCGCGUGGAUGCUCGGGGCGGACGUGAGCCUGGAGGCGCUGGAGCAGUGCUGCCGGGAGAGGUACGGGGCGUGGGCGGAGAUGACGGUGAACUGGAGCAAGGCGCCGCGUCGGGUGUACCGGAAGGCGAGGACGGGGACGAGAGGGAGAGGCGCGGGAGAGGAGUGCAAGCAGGGGAUGGAGGGUACGAUGAUGAAUGCUGCGGGUGUUGCAAGCGAGAGCAAGGGCGUAGAGGCAUGGUCUCCUGCAACCUGGUCGUCGGGAGUGGAGGCCGCGGAGUCUCUGGAGGGAGCGGGGGCAGUGCAAGGCAUCAUGGUCGAGGACAUCAAGUCAGUGAAGUCAGAGCCGUGGGAGCUGAGCCUGCUUGGCGAGGCGAGGGAGGAGGAGGAGAGCUGGCUGGAGGAGGAGCUUCCGUUUGUAGGGUGGUUAGAGACGCCGGAGGAGGUGACGGGCCUAGGGAGGGCGGUAUGGAGCGGAGGAGAGCGCGGGAGUGCUUGA